AUGCCUGCAUCUCUCAAAGCCUCCAAUAGCUCCAAAUCCCAGGUCUCUGAAUUCAUUCUUCUGGGACUUCCAGGCAUUCACAGCUGGCAGCACUGGCUGUCCUUACCCUUGGCUCCUCUCUACCUCUCAGCAAUUGGAGCAAACAUCCUCAUCAUCAUCACCAUCUGCAAGGACCCUUCUUUGCAGCAGCCCAUGUACCUUUUCCUAGGCAUCCUCUCUGUGGUGGACAUGGGCCUAGCCACCACCAUCAUGCCCAAGAUCCUGGCCAUCCUCUGGUUUGAUGCCAAGGCCAUCAGCCUUCCUGAGUGCUUUGCUCAGAUUUAUGCCAUUCACUGCUUUAUUGGCAUGGAGUCUGGUAUCUUCCUCUGCAUGGCUUUUGACAGAUAUGUGGCUAUUUGUCACCCUCUUCGCUAUCCAUCAAUUGUCACCAAUUCCUUAAUCAUAAAAUCUACCCUGUUCAUGGUGCUUAGGAAUGGCUUGUUUGUCAUUCCUGUGCCUGUACUUGCUGCCCAGCGUAAUUAUUGCUCCAGGAAUGAAAUUGAUCAUUGUCUGUGCUCUAACCUUGGGGUCACAAGCCUGGCUUGUGAUGACAGGAGGCCAAACAGCAUUUGCCAAUUGAUUCUGGCGUGGCUUGGAAUGGGAAGUGAUCUUAGUCUUAUCAUACUGUCAUAUACUUUUAUUCUGCGGUCUGUACUUAGACUGAACUCUGCUGAAGCUGCAUCCAAGGCUCUGAGCACUUGCAGCUCUCAUCUCAUCCUCAUCCUCUUCUUCUACACUACUGUUGUAGUAAUUUCGGUAACUCACCUGGCAGAGAUCCAGGCUCCUUUGGUUCCAGUUCUGCUCAAUGUGCUGCACAACAUCAUCCCUCCAUCCCUAAACCCUAUAGUUUAUGCACUUAGGACUAGAGAACUUAGGGAAGGCUUUCAAAAGGUGCUUUUUUUGAGUUUACAAAAGAAAUAA